UAUAUUCAGAAAUAGUCAUGCGUGCCUCAUCUUUGUGUAUUCCUCCUGUCCUUUUGUUCCUCUCCCAAUUCUGCCCAUGGUGCUCACCUUCAUCUUGUACUCUUCCUCUUCCUCAGCGAUGGACUGGCUGCACUGUAACUUGUGUUUCCAGCGGGAUGGGCGGAACUUGGCCGUGUCCAGCUGUGGUCACAUCAGCUGUGAAGGCUGUGUGAACCCUGAGCAGUGCAAUAUUUGUGGAGCCAUUUGCAGUUACCUUCCCAUCUCUGACAAGAUGAAACCUCAGGAGAAGGUAUAUUUUAAAGACCCAGUGAAGCUCCUUCAGUCUCGAUUGGAACACAUAGCCCAGAUCGCAGCGUUUCAGCACAGGCAGAAGGACAGGACUCUGGCCUACUUCAAACAGAAGGUCCUGGAUUUGGAGAGGAGGGUGAAGGAGAUCAUGGAGCAGAGCUACAGGGAAUUAUCUGAGUUAAGGCGGGAGAAUUCCGAGCUGAAGAAGCCGUUGUCCCAGAGGAGGGUAUCUCCAGGACAGUUUCAGUCAAGCAGCUCCUACAGGCUGUCACGCCCAGUAGCUGUCACCCCACCAGUUACUCCCCGUCUGCGAAUUUGUAAUGUCAGCCACCCUGGCUCAGGGGAGCCCAUGGAGAGACUCAGAGAUGGUCGUUCACAUGGCCCUGUGACUCCUGGCUCCGCCUUCUCCCUCUCCAGCCUGAGCUCUCUGCAGGACCCCCGCACCCCAACUGGCCAUCUGGGCACACCUCACAGACAAGAGUCUGCGACCCCCAGCUUUUUCCAGUUUGGAUCGGUGUUACGACUGCACUCCCCCACACCAUGGACCCAGUUCGCUGGUAACUAGUGAAAGGGGCCAGCCGAAAAAGAACAGCUCUACACAGAAGACCGGGUCUCACUGAGGCUGCGACGCAAACGUGCCGACGUUACUAGCCAUGCUGUUGUACUUUAGCAUUUCUGUUGAGACAAAUGAGAAAAGGUUUUUUUUUUUUUUUUUUAAAUCAAAAAUGUAAUGUGUUGUUUUCCUGAAACCUUUCCGUAGCGUGACUGUAAUUUUUUGCACUUUAAUUAGAAUUAGCCUGAACUGUGCUGUAAGGACUGAUUCUUAGGGUUCUUGUUGGGCUCUUAGACGUUAAACAGUGUGUGAAAUUAUCAUUUUCCGUUGGUCCAAAGUGAUCUGAAGUUGCUUCACGGAAGUUAAACUGCCUCGAAAGUGGCAGAAAACGGACAUGUUAGCUCUGUAAAUAAAAGGACCUACGGCAUACUUCGCCAAGUGAAAAGCAAAAAGCCUCGUAUCAAAUUCCACCCUCAAUCUUCCAUUUUCAUUCUGCCAACAGCAGAUCGGCCAGUGGUGGUGAUAAAAACUCUUGGUCAACUGACCAUCUUAAUUUCCACUCAGUUCACACCACCAGCUCGCAGCAGAACGACAGCAUUUGU